GGGGGAUUGCGAACAGACCGACUGACUGGAGGUCUGAUGCGGACUUAGUUGGAGAGGCAGACACUGAAUUAGGGGGGAAAAGUUCCUUCUUACUACCCAUACGGUCGACGCAGAACACAGAGAGACACCCCUGGAGUUUUGUAAAGCCCAGCAGUUCCCCACAAGUCGGACAUGAGGAGCCCUCCAGGCCUGGGUCGCUGAGCAGCUGAGGUCAAGGUUCAAGUGCUUGUUCCGGCAGUCAUGGCUGACAAGGACGGGCCGCCCAUCGCCCCGGGCCAGGUCUACAUCGAGGUGGAGUACGACUAUGAGUACAAGGCCAAAGACAAGAUGGUGGCCAUCCGGCAGGGAGAGUGCUACAUGCUGGUGAAGAAGACUAAUGAGGACUGGUGGCAGGUGAGGAAGGAGGAGGGCACAAAGGCCUUUUAUGUACCGGCGCAGUACGUCAGGGAGGUGCGCCGGGCACUCAUGCCCCCCCAGAAGCCCACCUUAAGGGCCAAACCCACCGUUUUGGAUAUUCGCCGGGCCUCCGAUGAAAACCUCAACCGACACCAGCCGGAAAUGUCCAGCUUUGGUCGCCCGUCGCCUUCCUCCACCCCCUCGCCGUCCUCGGACCGCGUCACACCGCCGGCUCUGUCCAAGGAUGCUAACCAGAACCUGGGGAGUCCCCAUCACUGCAAGAUGGUAGCCGAACUGGUACUGCUUCACAACAACAACAACCACCACCACGCCAAUAAUUCAACGUUGCCAAGGACACGGGCAGACUCGCCUCCGCUCAAAGUGGGGAACAACCACAACAAAAGUCCAGAUAGUGACAAGGCCUCCCCUCUGAGCAACCCGCCUGGAGAUCGGCUGAACAAGGUCCACAAUGACUCGGAGUCUGGGGAUGAGCUGAGCAGCAGCUCCACUGAACUCAUGCAGACAACAUCACCUACAGGUCAGGGCCGGUCCGACUCGCCGGUCUACACCAACCUCCAGGAGCUGAAGAUCUCUCAGUCCAGCCUGCCGCCAAUCCCCUCCAGCUCCCCUCUCCACACCCUGGGCGACUGGGAGACCCACAAAGACCUGAGCGGCAGGCACUUCUACUACAACCGCGCCUCCGGAGAGCGGACCUGGAAGCCACCGCGCACCAGGGACACCAGCGGCAGCACCAGCAGCAUGCGGGGAGACAGCCAGGGCACAGCGGAGAGCGAGCCGCUGUCCUCAGAGGAAAACUGUCACAGCACCCACUCGAGUCAGUCUGACAGCCAGUACGGGUCGCCCCCUAGAGGCUGGUCUGAGGAGCUGGAUGAAUACGGACACACACUCUACAUCUCUGAACACACACAGGAGAAGUGGAUAAAGCAUGUGGAUGAACAAGGCCGACCCUACUACUACAGCGCUGACGGGUCCAGGUCAGAGUGGGAACUGCCCAGGUACAACAUGUCUCCUCUGUCCGGCGAGGUUCCCAAGAGUCGCAGUCUGGAGAGGAAGCAGCAGGAUCCCAUCGUCCUCACCAAGUGGAGACACAGCACCUACGUCUUAGACCUCAACGACAAGGAGUGUGCUCCGGCGCCCAAGCAGAUCUCUCCCGACUCUGACUCCUGCCCCUCAUCUCCUAAGCAUCCCUCGACCCCCUCGGAGAAGUGCGGAGUCCUCAAUGUCACCAAAAUCACAGAGAAUGGAAAGAAAGUCAGGAAGAACUGGACCUCCUCGUGGACAGUGCUGCAGGGUUACUCUCUCCUCUUUGCAAAGGGUCAGGGGGGCAGCACAAGCUGGUCUUACUACCGCAGCGGCUCCAUCCCGGAGCUGCUCCUCACUCUCCUUAGCAACUGGAAGCGCUCAGUGAAGCCCCGCCCUGCUGUCUCCUAUGUGAACUGUAGGCCUGUGCAGGCUGCCGCUGAAGAAGUUAACAUCCCGAAAUGUAUCCCUGUUGUAUCUCCUCUGCGUCAGACGUGGACUCUAAUUCUGUUUCAUUGUUUCCAGAAGUUUGGGAGCAACCAGUCCAAGCCGGAGUUCACUGUGGAUCUGCGAGGGGGCUCGGUGGACUGGGCCUCUAAGGACAAGUCGAGCAAGAAACACGUCAUCGAGCUGAAGACUAGACAUGGAACAGAGCUGCUGAUCCAGUCAGAGAUCGACAGCGUCAUCAACGACUGGUACCGGGCCCUCACAGAGACCAUCAACACACAUGCGUGGGAGUCGGAUGAAGCCAUUGAGGAGGACAUGCCUGAGUCCCCAGGAGCAGAGAAGCAGGACAAGGAGAAGGACCACCGGGACUCCAAGAAGAAUAGAGUGAUGAAGACCUCUGUGAGCAUGGACUCAUCAGACCAGAAGAAAACCAGGUUGAAGCUCAAGAAGUUCCUGACGCGUCGACCCACCUACCAGGCUGUGCGAGACAAGGGAUACAUCAAAGAUCAGGUGUUUGGCUGCAGUCUGACCAGUCUGUGCCAGAGGGAGAACACAUCAGUACCCAACUUUGUCACCAUGUGCAUCGACCAUGUGGAGAACACAGGUCUCAGUAUUGACGGCUUAUACAGAGUGAGCGGGAAUCUGGCGGUGAUCCAGAAGCUCCGCUUUGCUGUGAAUCAUGAUGAGACGGUAGAUCUUAAUGACAGUAAGUGGGAGGACAUCCACGUCACCACCGGAGCUCUAAAGAUGUUCUUCAGAGAGCUUCCCGAGCCGCUCUUCACAUACGGGUCCUUCGAAGACUUUGUCGAGGCCAUCAAAUCCUCCGACUACAAGCAGCGAGUGAACUCAAUCAAAGACUUAAUAAAGAAGUUGCCAAAACCCAACCACGACACAAUGCAAGUCCUCUUCAAACACCUGCGGAGGGUGAUUGAUCACGGGGAGGCCAACCGCAUGACCACCCAGAGCGUGGCCAUCGUGUUCGGACCCACGCUGCUCCGGCCCGAGACAGAGACGGGCAACAUCGCGGUCCACAUGGUGUACCAGAACCAGAUAGUGGAGCUCAUACUGCUCGAGUACGAAAGCAUCUUCGGAAGGUAGAGGCACUCAGAAUACGUGCCGGGCUUUUCAAAUCACGGACUUCUUUUUCCUUUCCCCCUUUUUUUUUUGACUGAACUGAACAUUGCUGUGGACCAAGCAGCUGAGAGAAGAAAAAAAAAUGACCUCCAAUUGACAGGACAGUUUUCAAAAGUGUUGCACUUACAGAAGGAGAUGAAUUUAAAAAAUAAAAGGUGUACAGAUUUCCCCUGCUUCUUUGCAGGCUGGACAAUGGACAGUGUUUGGGAGUGAUGGCGUGUGGACGUCCGUGUUAUUUGGUGGAUUUGAGUAUUCAGGUGUUUUCACAUACACUGGAUCCCUGUGGCCAGUAUUUCAAACAGGGGGGGGGACCCUUCGCCUCCUGAUGGGAAGCCGACCAGACUUUGGCGUUGGGGGGGGCGCGUGGCAUUAUUAGCCCAACCGGCAACCUCAUCACCUCACUGAAGGAAUGAGCUGAGUCUGAACUGGAUAGGGUUUUUUUUUUUCUGUGUCGUGGAGCUUCGUCUGUGAUGUAUAAGCCCUGUGUGGUUUUGGAUCAGGUGGUUAAAAAAAAAAAAAAAUCUGUGUUAUGUUAACGGACUGUCUUUGUGGCACUUGGAUGAACUGGAGUUACAGAUCGUGUCCCCAACUUACCUUAAUGACACCGUCACAGCCCUGUCCCUCACCCACCACUCCCCCCCUUUUCAGCCAGUGUUAACCAUUAACCCUGUGACAUGCGCGUCCUGUGACUUGAAUGAUUGAGGACAAACCCUCCGUCUGUGUGUGUUUGUGCGCGCGUGUGUGUGUGAGUGAAUUAACCUAAAUGGAAUAAAACCUGAGCAGAAGCAUCCUCAUCUUGCCACUUUGUACAAACUGUGUGUCGUGUAGUCUUACGUGCUUUUGGUAAAGUUUCCGUUAAGCUGCCGGCGGUCAUCGUCUGUGCUCCUUUAUCAACUUUCAGUGUUGAACAGAAGUUCUUGUGUUCCUGGAAAAUGUGGAUUUCUGGGGGAGGGGGGGGGGGGGACUGCAAUGUUACCAACUUUUACAUGAAUUGUCUCUUAACGUUCGGCUUGAUGACCCUUCUCUUUACAUAAGCUAAAAUUAAAGAGUAUUCAGAGAAGGGAAAUGGUACUGAGAAUAUGUCUAAGCUCGAUGUAUGGAAGCGUGUAGGUGUUCAAAUGAAAAGAAGAGCCUUUAAAAAAAACCUAGCAGAGCAUAUGUACAGCGACAGAAACUAGUUGUUUAAAAUGUGUUAUAGUGACUGAGGUAUGUAUGCUUCGAUGGUGAACUAGUGAAAGAUUUUGAUUUUGUAAAUUGGAAUUAAAAAAACAUGACUAUACACAGAUUGUGAAAAAAACAAACACAUGAUCGACUGUUAUUUUUGUUUGAAGGUGUACCUGGAGUGUUUUGCGCAUGGUCAGCUGCACAUUUUGAAUGUAAUUUUCAGGCUAACUGCUGUUUGUGAAACUGCUAUGUCUAAUAAAAAAGACAAACUAAA